AUGCGUAUGAAUCCAGACAUGGACGAUGAUGAGAAGGGAAAACUGUUUGUUGGUGGGCUAUCAUGGGAGACAUCGCAGGAGAAUCUCCAGCGCUACUUUUCACGUUAUGGUGACGUGAUUGACUGUGUGGUGAUGAAGAAUAGUGAGUCUGGCCGCUCCAGAGGCUUCGGUUUUGUGACCUUUGCUGAGCCGUCACUUGUUAAUAUUGUCUUGCAAAAUGGCCCUCAUCAGCUUGAUGGCAGGACAAUCGACCCGAAGCCAUGCAAUCCACGCACGCUUCAGAAGCCCAAACGUGGGGGUGGCUAUCCCAAGGUGUUCCUUGGGGGUCUGCCUUCGAACAUUACUGAGACCGAUUUGAGAGUUUUCUUCGGAAGAUACGGAAAGGUCAUGGAAGUUGUAAUCAUGUACGAUCAGGAAAAGAAGAAGUCCAGAGGUUUUGGUUUCCUGUCAUUUGAAGAUGAGAUGUCCGUAGAACGUGUGACUCAGGAACAUUUCAUCAACCUUAAUGGAAAGCAGGUGGAAAUUAAGCGCGCUGAGCCCCGUGAUGGGUCUGGAAAAUUGGGUAGUGGCGGUAGCGGCAUGGGCGGCGGUGGUAUGGGUGGAGCCCCCGGGGACGCGCCCGCUGCAGGCCAAUGGGGACCGCCUCAAGCCCCAAUGAAUAUGAUCCAGGGCCACAAUGGACAGAUGGGUGGUCCACCCAUCAACAUGCCUAUGGCUGGACCAAACAUUAUGCAAGGAUACCAAGGCUGGGGGACAUCGGGGCAGACUUCGUACGCGUCGUACGGCGCAGCCGGUGGAGGUGCGGGCCCCGGCAACUACCAGGGCUGGGGUGCUCCUCCCGGGCCCCAGGCCCCGCCGCACGCGCCCGCCUGGCCUGCCACUAACAACUACACGCAGCACGCGCAGCCGCCGGCUCAGGGCUACGGCAGUUACGGGUAUGUUGUGUAUGCAGCGAACUACAGCUCGGCGCCGGCGGGCGCGUCCGCGGGCGGCAGCUGGACCAACUGGAACAUGCCGCAGAACUCCAACUCGACCGGCUCCGGCUCGUACGUGCCGCUGUCCGAGGGCGGCGAGAUGUACGGACGCGGCGGAGGCGCCGGAGCCGGAGGGGCCGCGCCUGCCUUGGCCGGGGCGCUCUCUUCUGCGGCUCUCAGCAAGUCAUCGUCGGCCGACUACAGCACUUACCAACAGUACCCGCCGGCUUACCAGCAGGACCAGGGCUCGUCGUACGGCGGCGCUUCUCGGGCCUACAGCGCGGGCGGCGAGUACCACUCGGGCGCCGCGCAGCCGCCAGGUGUGCAUCCGCAUCCGCACCACGCGCCCAAACACUUCAACGAGUUUAACAAGGAGUGGCCCGCCGCCUAG